CGCGAGCGAGCAGCAGUGGGCGGUCAUCUCUCUCUCUCUCUCUCUCUCUCUCUCUCUCUCUGUGAGUGUGUCUGGGCUCAGUGAAGCUCAGGGUCAGAGGAUGUCAGGUCUCUCUCAGCAGGCUCUGAAGCUCAGGUGAUGUUGGUGUGUUUGCUGAGCUCGGUGAGGAUGGACUCUCACACACUGCACUGAGUUCUUCACACACUCUCCGGGGGACUGGGAGGAGCAGCAUCAUGGCAGAGGCAGCGGAGAGCGCCAGUAAAGACAUGAAGGUGUUUGUGGUGGACAGCCAGGCGUUCCCUCCUCAGGCGUCUGUCCGGACGGACGGCCCGCGGCUCUCCAUCAUCUACCUGCUGCUGGCCGUGGCUCUGCUGGGCGUCUUCAUCGAGGCCGGGUUCAUCUGGCAUCUCUACAGCAGGUCCUCGACAACAUCGGAUAUCCAGAAAGUGGAAUACAGAAAAGGAGAGAGCUACUCGUUUCCCAGACGUUCUGAUGAUUUUAAUGAAGCUUUACCUGCAAAGUCUCCCAAAGCUGACAGCAAACCGGCAGCAUUUCUGCAAAUCGCUUCGCCCGCGUCCGGCGGGAACGGCGUCCUGCGCUGGAGGGCUGACAGCUUCCCCGUGUUCACGAGGGGUCUGGAAUACAAGAACAACAGCCUGUACAUCCGGCAGGACGGGCAUUAUUACAUCUUCUCCAAGAUCGCUCACCUGGAGAACUGCAACUUCUUCAAGCAUCAGGUCAUGCAGUGCACGGACAGGUACAGCUCCAAGGCCAUCGAGCUGAUGCAGAGCUCCAGGUUCAUCUGCCUCCCGGAUAAAUCCCAGUGGAGGAGCAACAGCUACCUGGGCGGCGUCUUCCAGCUGUCUAAAGGGGACAGUGUGUUUGUGAGGGUCAACAACAGCUCGCAGGUGCACAGCGAAGCGUACGAGAACUUCUUUGGUGCCUUCAUGAUAUAAGUACUGACACACUGCACACAGGUUCUCAUUCCAGCUUUUAAGUAAUAUUUGACAUAUUUUAUGAAUGUUUGCAAUACAGAAUUGUGCUAUUUUUAUCUUUAAGUGAAUAAAAUAUAUUUAGCAUGUACUGCUGAAAUCUGACCCUCAGAUCAGAUGUCAUUUCUCUUUUAAUCUUUAAUCAAGGGUUUUUUUGUAUUAAUAUUUAAGAAAACAUGUUUUAGAUGCAAGUUAUGUUAUCUAUCUCAGUAUAUAUACAUAUAUAUAUAUAUAUAUAUAUAUAUAUAUAUAUAUAUAUAUAUAUGUAUGUGUGUGUGUGUGUGCAUGUGUGUGUGUGACAGAUUUUUCUAUUAAGCCAGGAAUGAUUAAGUAAAGAUCAUGUUCCUUGAAUACAUUUUGUAAAUUUCCAACUGUAAAGACUUCUUGUUUAGUAGUAUGCACUGCUAAAGACCUCAUUAGGACACUUUAAAGGCCAUUUUCUCAGUAUUUAGAUUUUCUUUACACACUUAAAUUCCAGAUUUUCAAAGUUGUAUCUUACCAAAUUGUCCAUACGUCAAUGGAAAGGUUAUUUAUUCAGCUUUUAGGUUAUUUUUGUGGUCCGGGGACCAAUUUAUGAUUACCGGUCAUAGUCACCCUGCAGGGCCAGGUUUGUUUUUCUUGGUUCUCUUCUCAUCGUGGAGCAUCUUUCAGUUAGUCAGCUCUUUCAGUACGGAGGUAUUUUAUCACCACAGUAAGCCAAGAACAUUUCACCAAAAAACGAAAGUUUGCAGGCCACCCAAGACACUGAGGAGCCUAAAAAAGAGCAGUGGAACCUCUGCGGUGAAUGGGUGCCGUCAGAAUGAGAAGAAAACAGCUGUUAAAAAAUCACAAUAAUCUACAGCACUCCGGUCCAUAAGGUCAAAAAAUCAAUCUCCUGUUGCCUCUCACAUCAAAGUCCAGCGGUGCUUCAUCUGGGCAGAUUUCUCUCCUGAUUCAGAUCAGAAACAACAUCAUGGAUUAUAGAUUCAUGUUUUCACGAUUUGUUUCUGCUUGAGACAUUACCUGCUGGACUGGAGUGAACUAUUGAGGGUAUUUUCGGACUCCCUUUCCGGCGGCACCCAUUCACUGUAGUUACAUUUUUGAUGGCCUGAGAACACUUUUGUCCACUUAAACUUUCUGGGUGAACUAUUCAGCGAGACCACACACUUGAAGCGAUCGUGUCCUGCUGAGAAAGUGAGGCGUUGUGUGUUGUUAUUUAUAAAAGUGCAUACUGUAUUUUAAUACUGACUGGAACGUGCAUUAAAUGUGUAUCAUAAUAAAAAAAAAUAUAUUGCAA